UUAACGUGUUUUAACGCUUUACAGCGCGUCGCGAUGAGUCUGUGGACCAACGGCUCCUCCGAGGAGCUUUACGCCGAGACCCAGCAGCCGCCGACGGGCUCCAACCGCACCAACGGCUCCCAGCAGGACGCCGCCCCGCUGGACCUGAGCCGGGCGGUGCCGGUGGGCAUGGUGCUCGCCUCCUUCAUCGCGUUCGCCAUCGUGGGGAACAUCCUGGUCAUCCUGUCGGUGGUUUGUAACCGACACCUGCGCAGCCCGACCAACUACUUCAUCAUCAACCUGGCCAUCGCGGACCUGCUGCUGGGCACCACCGUGCUGCCGGUGUCCGCGACGCUGGAGGUUCUGGAUCACUGGGUGUUUGGGCGGGUCUUCUGUGACGUGUGGGCGGCGGUGGACGUGCUGUGCUGCACGGCGUCCAUCAUGUCCCUAUGUGUGAUCUCUAUCGACCGGUACAUCGGGGUCCGCUACCCGCUGCAGUACCCGAGCAUCGUCACCGAGAAGCGGGCGCUGCUCGGCAUGCUGGGGGUCUGGAUCCUCUCCAUCGUGAUCUCCAUCGGCCCGCUGCUGGGCUGGAAGCAGCCGCCGUCACAGGACGACACGGUGUGCCUCAUCACAGAGGAACCGUUCUACGCCCUGUUCUCGUCGCUGGGUUCCUUCUACAUCCCGCUGGCCGUCAUCCUCGCCAUGUACUGCCGCGUCUACGUCGUGGCCAAGCGCACCACCAGGAACCUGGAGGCCGGCGUGAUGAAGGAGCGCCUGCGGGACUCCAACGAGCUCACCAUGAGGAUCCACCGUGGGAACCAGCCGGCCCAGGACCCGAGCCCCGCCCACAGAGCCGGAGGGGGCGGAGUCUCGGCCGCACGCAGCGCGCUCACCCUCAAACUGCUGAAGUUCUCCAGAGAGAAGAAAGCUGCCAAGACGCUGGGCGUGGUGGUCGGUAUGUUCAUCCUCUGCUGGCUGCCCUUCUUCCUGGUUCUGCCCAUCGUCUCCAUCAACAGUAAUCUUCGUCCUCCUGAAACUUUCUUUAAAGUUAUCUUCUGGCUGGGAUACUUCAACAGCUGCCUGAACCCCAUCAUCUACCCCUGUUACAGCCGGGAGUUCAAGCAGGCGUUCAUCCGGAUCCUGCGGUGCCGGUGGAAGAGGAAGCGUCAGGCGUACCAGAACUCCCGCUGCCACCAGGGCUCCAACACCUCGUCCUUCCUGAGCGGCAGCCAGCAGACGCUGUCCUCCAGCAGUCCGGGCUGCGUGGCCUCCAGACUCCGCCCCCCUACGUGGCCCACCUCCUCCGACCGAGACCCCCUCCCUGGGCCCGCGAGAGGGGGCCGUCCGAGCCCUGUGUCGCCGCUCGCCAAGGAUGCGGCGUUGAACGAGCGGAACGGUGACUGACUCACCUGCAGGCUCAGGGGCCACGCCCCCUGGCCCCUCCCCCCUGCAGGCUCAGGGGGCCACGCCCUCUGCCCCCCCCCUGACAGAAGGUGCUUUAAAAAUACACCCACAGGUGUCACUGCUGACGUCACGAGACGCUCUGCCACUCACCAAGGUGUCGCACAGGUGUGAUGACAUCACAGGGGGUUCGGACUCUUUCUCAGCUUCUACGUCUCACCUGUGAAGCAUGGAGGUCACCUGACCUCUGAUAACAUUUAAAAUCACGUGAGACAAUAAACAAACAUCCGCCUUCUGUCUUUCAAAAUAAGAUAAUCCUCUUAAAUGUGUAAGCGUAUUGUUGUGAUGUUGUUUUUAAGGUUCUUUAAAUUAAAUGAAUUCAAACUGGUGAAAACAAACUGAACUGAAAAAUAUUGACUUUGUUUAUUGUAUUUUGGUGGUUUUAAAAUCCCUAAACUAGUAAGUUAGUUAUAGUACUGGAUCGAUGUAGUUCUCUCACUUCCUGUUUCACUUCCUGGUUUUGGCGUUCUAAUUAAGAGCGAACUGACGUGACCUUUAUUUUGAAAAAUCUUCUCUGAGACUGAGGUGAAGAAGCUCAGUGUUUCUGCUGAAAGUUGAUAUACUCUAAAUGUGAACAGUUUGAUCACAGCAGCAAAAUGUGUGUUUGUGUGUGUAUUUGUGUUUGUGUGACUAUGCUAUGCUAUGCU